CUACCUGAUUGCCUCCGAAGCCCGAAACCAAUCGAGUAUUCUCAUCCCAACUCACCUCAAGCAUGCGCUUCUCCUUUGCAAGAUCAAAGCAUGGACCAGAUAAAUAUACCUGAGUGCCAAGAGGUACGGGCCACGACACCGGUAUUAGCAGAGCAAGAAGUAGAGAUCGUUGGCGGAGAGGAUGAGGAAAGUGAUGACCAAUCGGCUUCAGAGCCUCCAAACUGGAGAUAUUCCAGUCCUCCUAGCGUCUUACAUCCCGAAACAGUAGUUAGAUCCUCUGGGCCAGAGUAUUGGGACAAUUUGCCUCCAGGUAGCGGACAACAGUUGCGACCUCAACCACCAGGUGGCAUUGUUGCCACACAUCGCAAGUCUCCGGGAGAGGAUGCCGGUAGGAUUUUACUGAUUGCAUUUAUACAAUUCAAUUAA